AUGCCCGGUCCUUUGGGCAGGCACCUCCAGUGGACGUCCCACGAUCCACUCCAUGCAGAAAUCUCUUCCUCUCCCAAUGGCCUGCUAGACAUCGACACGGAGCCGACCGCCGCCCAGCGUGCCGACGCCGAGUCCCAGAUCGCCACCGAGCUCUCAACCGCCGGCCCGCCCCCGCCCUCCUCGACCCUCCUACCGCCGCUGCCGCCGUCCAAGCUCUCGCCGCUCAUGGCGCAGGAGCUCGACCGCGUCGCCGCCCAGCAGCCCCUCGCCGCCAUCGACCUGAAGCGCUACGAGGCCCAGGAACCCCUCGCCGCCCCGGGCGCCGAACCCGCCCCCGCCGCCCUCGCCGAGACGCUGCGCAAGGCCUACACCACCCACACCUACCUCACCGCCCGCGUCGAGAACCUCGAGCUGCUCGAGCGCUGGGGCCGCAACGCCUGGCUCGUCGGCAACCACCGCCUCGAGGGCCAGCUGCGCGCCCUCGAGAAGGACCUCGCCGACGCAAAGGCCGACAUUGACGUCCUCACCCUCGCCCGCCGCCGCGCCCAGGAUGACGUCGCCGCCGAGGUGAAGGGGCUCGACGAGGCCUGGCGCUCCGGCGUCGGCCGCGUCCUCGAGACCGAGAUUGCCGUCGAGGCCCUGCGCCGCCAGGUCCUAACCGAGAUGGAACGCAAGGCCAAGGCCUAG